CUUAGAAUCAGUUCGUUUUUGUCGCUCGUGCGUGCUGGACGUGUUGUGUCAGCGGUGCCCACGGCGUAUGAGUGAUAUCGCUCUUAGUACUCUGGGUGUUGGACGUUUUAUUGGAUUUUGGCGCAAGUUGGCAAAAAAAGCCGGUUAAACUUCUUACAAGUGUAUCUCUCGCCCACUCCACAGGCGUGUGUGUUGCCGGAAAUACUUUGACCCACCUGCCAGCCAAAAAAGUAGGUUAAUUGACGUGUGCUCUGGGCGUAUCUAAAGGCAAAAUAAUAAAAAUAUAUGUACAAAAACAAACACAAGGGCCACGGCUAGAAGAAGGGCAGAUUGGGUAGUCGAUUGGCCGCUCGAAUAAUUGGUCGAAAGCUGCGGCAACUCACGCUAAUUGAGAGGUCAUUGCGGACUGAAGGAGGACGACGAGAAGGAGCACAUCCUUGGGGGGUGGAGAAGGCAAAUGCAACCUGCACAGACACCAUUAGACGUGAAUAGCAACCACACAAAAUGCUGAUACUGCUGCCGCUGCUGGGGAUAUUUGGAAAUGGUCUCUUCGCCGAAGUCGAGGCGAAUUUGAGUCUGGGCUUUAAGGCCAUCAAAUUGCCCAGGCAUCCCAAUCCGGCCAAUUGCAGUGUUGGCAACACAACAUUCGCACAUGGAGUCACAUUUAAAUUGGAUUGUAAAACCCAAUGCGUUUGCGAGAAUGGCCGCCACGCCUGCUCGACGCUCUGUCCCAACGAGCAGCUACCUGCGCCGGAGGACACGAUAUCCUGCCGAUCGCCGCGCCUCGUCGAAGUUCCCGGCCACUGCUGUAAGAUGUGGCUCUGUGAGAAUCCAACAGCUGAUGUUUAUGCCACCUGCCACAACAGCACCACCAGCGGCAACUGGACAGCCUGCAGCCGCAACUGCGGCCUCGGCACCGCCACCCGGCACACCUCCACCCACGCCGGCUGCCAUCAACUGAGCAAUUUGCGGCUCUGCGAGAAUCGCAGGUGCGAUAAGGACGACCUCCAGGACAAUAAGCGGAGCAGAAGCAGGAGCCACCCAUUAACGCCUAAGCGCAAGGAGCAUCACUCCCACUCGCAUUCAUACUCCCACAUCCACUCGCAGCCUCAUCAUCAUUCUCACAAGGAGCACCAGGAGCCUGCCCACAGGAUACGAAAGGGUCACGAGUGCCGGAGUAUCCAACGUUUGGGUCCUGCUCGAGUCCGCCUGGGCGAGUGCGUCUCCCGGAAACUGUAUCGACCCAAACUGUGCGGCCGCUGCCAUCGCGGGGUCAAGUGUUGUGCUCCGGCGGUCUCCACCACGAUACAGGUCGAGCUGUUGUGUCCCUUAAAUGCUGUCGAUCCAAUUAACUUCGUACAACGACGGGAGAAGGCCAGGACCAGCCAUUUGAAGGAGCUCCGAAGGUCCAAGGACGAUGGCGGAGAGGACGAAUACGACGAAGAUGAUGAUGAUGAUUAUAAUGGUGGGGCAGAAGAGGAAGCAUAUGCAGAGAAGCCUGGACAGUUAUGGGACACGGUCGCCUUGGAGCCAAUCGAUCAGGAAUUCCUGCACUCACAUCAGAUACAAAUUGAGAAUAAAUUCAUUGCCGUCGAAUGGAUACUGAAAUGUGAAUGCAGCACGAAUCAUUGCAACGGCGACAACACCAACAGCAACAGCAGCAACCGCAACACCAACGACAACAUGUCUAACACAAAUAAAUAUGGUUAUUACAAUUACAAGAACAAAAACAAUAACAAUGACGGCCCACAGAGGCGUAACCACGAAAUUAAUGGCGAACCCAAUGAGCCGACCAACAACAAAAUGGCCAGAUCCAGCAGUAGCAACAACAACAACGAAGAGGAUGUGGCCUACAACAACAUGGAUGUGGACCACAACGAUGUAGACAACUCGUCGUCGGAACAGCAACCGGAUAUUAUUCCCUAUCCGCUGGGUGUUGGCGAAUCCAGUUGGAAGGCCGAAAAGCUUCGACAGCAGCAGCAACAUCUACAGCAACAGCAGCAACAUCAACACCAGCAACAGCAGCAGCAGCAGCAACACAGACAACAACCGCAAUAUACAUAGCGCCAACAUAUCUCACGCAUGCGAUAAAAUAAAGCAAAAGAAAUCCAAAAAGCUGAGGCCAGAGGCAGAUAUUUAGAAUGGAAUAGGAUUUAAGAAUUGUACAGCAUAGCGAUACUUAAGGCCAGGACAUAGAGAAGGGCAAGGAUUGUAAAGAAACAAAUUGGAGAGGGGCGAUGCAAGUAAUACUUAGGAUUUGAACAUAUCGAGGCAGUAAGUUUAGGUAUGUGAACGAUAGGAAUAGUCUUAAAAUCAAGAAAAAAAACCAAAAAAAGCAAAAAAUCGCAAGCCGAAUAUUAAAAAUAUUUUUGCAAGCAUCUAUACACAAAAACGCAAAACACGAAUAAAAAUCAACAAAAAUGAAAAUGGCAAAAUUUUAUGAAAAUCAUUUAAAUGGAAUGCUGCCCAAUAAAAAAAACAUACGACUAUAUGGUAAAAAUAAAACAAAAAUAAUUUUUAAAACUUAGAUGUAAAUUGCUUAAAUAAUUCGAGAUGCGUAAUUUGAUCUAAACAAAAAAAAAUAAAUUAAAAUUAAAAAUAAAGACAAGCAAAUGCUAAAUUUGUGUGCAUUCAAGUUAUAACUGUGCUAUAUACUCAAUUGUAUUCAGAUCUACAAGUACUAUAUACAUAUAGUAUAGGAAGACUCUGCUUUGCAUUAAAAAGAAUUUAGCUGGCUGCAAUACAUAAAAUUAAAGGGUGGUUGCAAUUUAAAUUAAGAAAAAAAGGAAUAUUGUUUCUUGUCUUAUAAGGUUCUAUAGAUUUAUUUUAAAUAUAUUACAAACAUUUUCUUUAUUCAAAUUUAAAAAGAAAUUGAUAAUCCUUACUUUUUUAAACUUUCCUAAAACAAAAACGCAUAUUUUCUUUCCUGAAACAUUUGAAUGAAUAAUCAGGAUAGUUAAUAUGAAAAAGGAUUUAUACCCCAUACUUGUUUUAAAUAUUAAUUUAAUAUAAAUUUAUUUCUUAAUAAAACUUUCUUUAUAUAAUCAGAUAUCAGAUGAUGGUAUCAGAUGAUGGUAUCAGAUGAUACCCCAUACUUGAAAUAAUUGCAACUACCCGAAAAUAGUUUCGUUGUAGACUACCCAAGACAUAUCCUCCCGGCAAUAUCCCGAAUAACAAUUUCCCUGAUUUAGAUCAUAUAACGAGCAAAGCUUAUCCACCACCCAUAUCAAGUUCUAUCAAUGUAAGAAACCCCUUAGCUAGCAUCAGAGUUAUCCGUGUGCUGGCGAAAUGCAAAAAUAAAAUAAAUAAAAAAUACCAUAAAA